AUGACCAGCGAACCUGAAUAUAUCCAAUAUACAAGAACACAAUUACCCUUACCUACAGUAUACAUUAUUGGUUCUUCACAGCUUUCCAUUCAAACCUUACAAGUGCCUCUUUUGAUUAAGAGAGGAAUUAUAUUACCAUCCUGCAAUGAUACAACCAUGACAACAAUAACAACGACUGAUUUUAGUACCACAUGGGUUCAACUUUCUGGGCCUUUUUUGAAUAUUGAAAUAGAUAAUGAUGAGAAGUUAUCCGUUCAAAAUACGAGUAUUUCUGUAGAAGUAACUGAUCCAGAAAAUGCUCAACAAAAUGAAGUUUGGAAAUGGUCGUGUAUUAAUUUAGAAACCGAUUCAAGUUGUGGAAAUGCAAUAGAUUCUCUUUUGCAACAAUAUUCAUCGAAUAGAGAUACAUUACUAUUUAUUCCUUCAUCCACAAAUUUACAAUUACCUCUGAAAAAGAUUUCCCUGUCUCUUAUGGUCACAAAAGGUUUAAGAAAUCAAACAUCAUCCAUUUCAAUUAAUUUCCCUUCAAAAGAAUCUGAAAGGCCACCUCUUAUCAGACUUUUGAAUGUAAUACCAAACAGAGCCAAAGUUGUGCGAAAUGAAUUAUUUGGUAUUGAUUUUUCAGUGAAUGGUGAAGAAGAUAUUGAGAAAUUUAUUACACGAACAUGGAUGUUGAAUGAUCAACGAUUGUCAAAAAAUUUAACACAAAAUAUGAAAAAAGAUCCAACCAGUUCUAAUUCUCUCUCACUUGAUUUAUCUUCAUUGAAUGAAGGUUCUGAUUACAACUUGACUUUCUUGGUGACAGAUUUAAGAAAUGGACAAAAUUCAAGUUAUUCAUACAUUUUCUCAAUUGUUCGUUCACCACAAUCCUGUCCCUGCACCAUUCUUCCAAGUGAAGGAUAUCCAUUAGAAACGGAUUUUAAAUUCUAUUGCCCUAAUUGCCAGAACGAAGAAAAAUCUCUUCAGUUUGUGUUUGGAUUUAUUGACGACAAAUCUGGAGCAAAUAUUCCAUUAUUCUCAUUGGGAGAAGAAUUUUCUACAAAAUUACCAUCACCCUAUUAUACGAACAGUCCGUAUAUAAGGGUUUUUUUAUCCGUUGUCGAUACAUCAACCGGAGCAUCUUUGUGGAAAUAUUUUAAUAUCCGAAUGAAGUAUUAUCAAUACAAUACUAUGAAUGCACUGACAUUGAAAUACAAAGAAUGGAUGACCAUUGCAAACAAAAUUCCUGCUACAGAUACUGCUAAAAAUGUAUAUAAUUCUGCUACAGUUACAAGAACUUAUAACAAAUAUUUGGAACUUGUAAAAAAUUCAAGAAGAACAAUUAAUGCAGCCAAGUCAAUUUGUAUUCAUGGAACAUUUGAUUCCAAACUUGAUAAAUGUAUUUGCGAAAACGGAUACAAAAAACUUGAUUGUAGUUUAACGGAGGAAGAAUUUGAAACAACAGUGAAAACAAAAGACUCUUUAGUGAGUGCAUUCAUGUCAACGUUUGUGAAUAGAAAUCCUUUAGAAAUAAUGAAAGACUCAUAUCUCACAGUGACGGCUUUUGGAUUAGAUGCCUUAUUAGAGACCUAUGAUGAAUUGAGUGAAAGUACAUUCAUUAAUUGCUUCAAAAUGGUUCGAGAAUUGAUUACUCUUUCCAACUCUAAUAUUAAAUUGAAACCUCAACAAGGAGUAGAAAUUUUAUUGAGAGGAAUUUUAAACUCACUAUACAAAUAUAUUGAAUUGAAUAAUCAUUGGCAAUACUAUCCCACUAUCAUCACACUAAUGAAAGAUGUUGGAAAAUUGUACUUGAGAAUUCAGUUGACUGGACAAAAUGAUUAUCAAUUACAAUCAUUAUUCUCGACCUUAAUUGGAAAUAAUGUUUAUAAGAAUGAUCUUUCAGCCCUAAUUAUUUCAUCUUCUAAUAAUAAUGACAAUCAAAUAAUCCUUCCGACAAGCAUGAGCAAAUAUUUAACAGACAAAUCGAUAAGGAAACCAUUAUCCUUCUUUUUCAUGCUUACAAAUAAGUUUGGAAAUAUUACCUUUGAUCUUAAAGAAAAGAAAAUUGAAUCCAAAACAAUUUCUGUCGGAUCCAAUUCCACCAUUCUAACAAGAUUGGUCAUUUCAACAGCUCACAUGUUCUCAAAUAUCAUCUCGAGUUUUGAAAUACUAAAUACAAACUUGACCAAUCUGGACAACACAAUUUCUUACAAAUUAACCAUAAGUGCACCAUAUUCAACAUCCAACAUGACUGAAAAUAGUUUAAUUGAAUCACAAUCAACUUCUAAUUCAACUCAUUCAAUUACCACAAAAACAUAUCAACGAUCUCAAUUUUCAUGUGCCACAUUAACGGAAGGUUUUAAUAUAUUACUAUUGAAUGACUCUUCGUGCACACUUGGCAUCGAAUUGGAUGCAAUGAAAUGUAAAUGCACAAAACAAACAAGUGUUUUUAUUGCGAAACAAAUCAUUACUACUUGGGAGCAAAUUGAAACUCCCAAAAGCUCACCAGCACUACCACCAACGCCACCAAUGAAUUCAUUUGAUAUGAAUAUUCUUAUUGCCAUUGUGGUGGGUAUUGCAGGUUCUACAUUCAUGGUGCUAGGAUGUAUUUUAUUGAUGGUUGGAUGUUGUAAAUUUGUACUCUCAAGGAGAAACAGAAAAUCGACAAAGCCACACACUCCCACUCAAGAUGAAGAAUUAAUCACAGUGGAUGUUAGAUUUUCAACAGUUUAG